CAUCCACACAGUCAGAUUCAGAGCGUACACUGACGUAUGAGAUAAUUGAGAAAGGAAGUAUACAAGGACGUUCAUUGCUUACCGAUUCUCAAGGUUAUUGUUACGUCAUAAAGGAACGACGACCUAAGUCCACGGUGUGGAGGUGUUCUGUAAGAAGUGCGAAGUUGACUUGUCCAGCACGUGUAACGCAAAAGGGUGAGACCUUCUCGGCGAAUAGCAAAGACCACGUGCAUGCUCCAGAACCGGAACAAGCCAUUCGUGCGAAGGUCACAGCAAAGGUGUGUAAUAUUCUGAAAUAA